AUGAAUCAUAGAGGAGCUACUCGGUUGGUGUCUGGGAUAAGGCCAGGAAACGAACAUACUAGAGAGGUAUCCGUAGUUCUGGAUGUUGGAACAGUUCUCCAGCUGCCAACCGAGCCUAUCAAAGUAAUUAGCUUGGGCGAUGAGGAGUCGCGGCUCUACAACAACCCGUGGAGACCUAGCUUUUCCCGGACAUCCAUGGAUUUGGCUGCGUUUGGCGAUUAA